GACCUCACGCACCUCCAAGAUGGCGACGUCCAUCCAGAACCGCUGUAGGCACAUUCCGUAUUGGCAAAAUACUCGCAGUAACUAAUCAAAACAAAGUAAGACACAUGCGGCAAUACAACUAAUAACAUCGUUUUCGCCGUUGGAAAUCUGCACAUGUCGGUUGACGGCGUGGGGUUCGUUUUCAUGGCUGUUUGAGAGUGAAAUUGGGCGUCCUCUCGCCAUGGCCACCGACAACAGGAUUCAUUUCUGGCGGAGAAACCCAAAGGUUCCCGGGAGCUUACAGCCAGUAUAUGGAGCACAGCACCCUCCUCUGGACCCACGCAGACACCGUCCAUUAAAAGAUGCUCCAAAGGCUAGCAAUGUGAACACCAAAUCCAAAAAACCUUCCACUUUCUAUGAAUUUGCUCGGAGCACCAAUGAUGCAUGGGACAUUGAUGAUGAAGAGGAUGACGAUAUGUUUAGUUUUAAACAGCCCUCAUCUUCACCUGUCCAAUCACGAUCCAUGCCUCAAACACCCUGCCUCAAAAUUAUCAAAACCCCAGAAGACACAGAGCCACUGCCCCACUCACUGGACAGGCAGGAACCAAUCAGAACAAACCCCAAUCAAGUUCGACUGGAUAUAGAAAGCGGUCCAGCCAAUGGCAGGGUGGUAAAGUCCAGCAGCGAUGCCCAGCUGAAUGUUAAUGCAGCUCGCAAUACUCUGCAAAAACAGCAGUCACUUCCUGUGCGGCCCAUCAUUCCAUUGGUUGCCCGCAUUUCGGACCAAAAUGCCUCAGGAGCUCCACCCAUGACGGUGAGAGAGAAGACUCGAUUGGAUAAAUUCAAGCAGCUACUUGCCAGUCCCAACACAGACUUGGAGGAGUUACGGAAGCAUAGUUGGUCGGGAAUCCCUCGUGAAGUUCGGCCAGUCACCUGGAGACUCUUAUCGGGCUAUCUUCCAGCCAAUAGAGAACGAAGGGAUCUGGUUCUCCAGAGGAAGAGGGAGGAGUAUUUUGGCUUUAUCGAGCAGUAUUACCACUCCAGAACAGAUGAGAAUCACAGAGACACAUACAGACAGAUUCACAUUGAUAUCCCGAGGACGAACCCUUUGAUUCCUUUGUUCCAGCAGCCGCUGGUGCAGGAGGUGUUUGAGCGAAUUCUGUUCAUCUGGGCCAUCCGUCACCCUGCUAGUGGAUACGUGCAGGGCAUUAAUGAUCUGGUCACUCCCUUUUUUGUGGUCUUCCUCUCUGAAUUCGUGGACCUCAGCAGAGAUUGUCAACAUGGUCUUCAGCACGUGGUCUUCAAGGAAGACGUGGAAAAUUUCGAAAUGGCAAGCUUGCCUCUGGAUACGCAACGAAACAUUGAAGCCGACAGCUUUUGGUGCAUGAGCAAAUUGCUGGAUGGGAUACAGGACAACUACACAUUUGCCCAGCCCGGGAUUCAGAUUAAAGUGAAGGCGCUGGAAGAGCUCGUUAGCAGAAUAGAUGAGGAUGUCCACGUGCACUUUCAGAAGUGUGAGGUGGAGUAUCUGCAGUUUGCUUUCCGCUGGAUGAAUAAUCUGCUGAUGCGGGAGCUGCCGCUGCGCUGUACCAUUCGCCUGUGGGACACCUACCAGGCGGAGUCUGAGGGAUUCUCCCAUUUUCACCUCUACGUGUGCGCUGCCUUCCUCAUCAAAUGGCGCAAAGAGAUCCUCUCCAUGGUGGACUUUCAGAACCUGCUAAUACUCCUGCAGAACCUUCCCACAAUACACUGGGGCAACGAAGAGGUGGGUUUGCUACUGGCCGAGGCCUACAGACUCAAAUACAUGUUCGCUGACGCUCCGAGCCACUACAAGAGAUGAGAACCCGUAAGCGGACCGCGGCUAGACCCUGCGAAACCCAGACGAUGAUCCGACCUAACAACGGGAUCAGUCCAAACGGCUCUUCUUCGCUCGGUUUAAUCUGACACAGCGAAGAUAGAGCUCACCAAUUUUCUCCAAUGACGUCAAAUUUGUGUCAUCGUCUGUUACAAUUCACGAUCAAGAACGAGACGGCGUAAACAACCACGGACAAAGCGGAUAUUUUGGAAAAAACCUCCCAGAGAUCUUGAUGGCUGACAGUUCAAUUUGCCUGCAGAUGACUUCAGAAGAUAACUGACAGUGAGAUGCCGAGAGCCGUGGAAUGAAAAGCGCUUAUCAAACUAAAAACAGAAGGACUUGGCAUCCUAGGCUUCCCCGCAUCUUCCUCUAUUUGUUACCUCAGAUGUGGAGCAACCACCUCUCAUUUUUAUUUCUUGGCAGAUCCUCAUUUUUUUCUGUUCUCCCUCGCCGACGUUCUCGUGUUUUGUGUUAUUAGACCAUAAUGUGAUCUCCUUGGCCCUUUUGCUCAUUGCCACAUUGAUUGUACCACACGCAGGUACACGGGUCGAUUCCCAUCCGUAAUCACUCUGCGUUAUUGAAGCUCUGCAAUACAUGAAACUAUGGCAGCCGUAAAGGGUCAUUUCUCAAGAGGCGCGGCUGAGCGUUUCGGAUUCGAAGAAUCAAUAUGCAACCGCCUGAGCAAUGUGUUUGGGUUUUUAUGUUUUUUAGAAUCGCAAGACUGUGAAUUUUAACAAUCCACUGGCUUUGUAUGCGUAUGAAGCACAAUUAUUUCUUAGAAAAUGAGUACUUUUAGAGCUUUAGUAUUAACAUUCGACUACUACUGAGGUAACGUUUCAGCACAGACGGCCGAAUCAAACUGCGGUGAAAUAUUAAUAUGGCUUUAUAAAGAAUGAAUAUGAGGUCAGCCUAUGAGACCACAGGACUGGAGUCGUGUUGAAAGGAACCUACUGACUUAGAGGCAGACUGAAGGGUUUUUGGGUUUCACCGUGUGGUACUGAAGCGUGGACGGGCGGUACAUAAACAAAUCCUAAUCUUAAAUACUUUUGGAGAACAGCUGAUGAAAUCUCAAAGCACUGUGAAAAGGCAUCUACCAUUCGAUCUCCCAGGGCAACCGCAUUAUGCAGAUGUUUAUGCUAAUCAGAUGUAGAUGAUCUGAUUAUCUCCCUUUUCCCUUUGAACCCUCGUUUCACCUUUCGGUGUAUUUAUUAACUCUGGGCUGAUACGUUUUGAUUGGUGAUUAAUUGUUCACCUUCUGAAUCUUUCCAAACUAGAUGUGUGAUUUUUAUAAAUCGGCGUGUAAUGCGAAAUGAAUGACUCCGACUUAUCAAAAGCAAAUGUUUUCAUUAAAAUCGCUAAUCGUUUCGUAUAACUCGGACCAAAACCCUGCAUGGAUAAUCUGAAUAAUAAAUUAAAUAAGUGUCUUUCUGCUUUAAUUAUUGAAGCAAGUGGAGUGUAUUGAUUAGAUGGAGGUGUCAGAAUCAGUUAAAAGUGAUGCCGUUGAACUUCAAGCUCGGCGCUGUGGAGUUUGCUGAUGUUAAACGCUUGAAUAAUGUACGUUUUGUCAGCUCGCUGUCCUUAUUCAUCCGUCAGUGACAUUUGAAACCACCUGCGCCAUACGGUCUCGCUGUUACGAUCUAUUUUUGAUGAAGCGUUUGCGGUGCUGCACUUUUAUUUUGAAGUGAACUGGAAUGUACUUUUUUCUUUCUGUGUUAUGUCUUUGCCUUUGCAUAUAUUAAUGAGCUAAUAUUCACUCCAGAGAUAAUUAGUUUGCUCGUCACCCUUUUAAAGUGUGCUAAUGAAGGGGUGACUUAUUGUCGAGUGUUGAGACGGCUGACCCUUGUGAGGAAAUGGAGCAGUAAUUAUUCAUGAGACGCAUUAAGUGAACUUCCAGAUUAGCUCCCGGUUUUAGUCUUUUGAAUGUCGUAAAUGUCUGAAUUGAUUGUAUUAAUGAAUCUUGUUCAAGUCAACAUGAAAUCAAAAUGGACACCAUUUGCUUUAUUAAUACACGUUGCUGAUCUUAUUGUGUGCGGUACGUCGGUGCACACAAAAAUCUUCUGCUUCUGAAUGAUCUUUUCUUUUCUCUUGAUGUCAAUUAGGCUAUUGAAUAAUGUUAACCAGUAAGAUGCUCUUGAGGGUGAACAUCCAUGUCUCUCAAAAUAGGGGUUUUGUGCAGACCUAUCCCCCUUUCUCAAUGUAAAAUCAAAAGUGUGGCAUGUUGUAUAUUUAUAGCUUCCCUUAAUCAGUUAAUGCUGUGCCAAGCUUCCUAACCGAAGGCUAAUUGAAAGGGAAAUAUUUAAUUGAACCAUUUUUAGAUUCAGUAAUAUAAUGCGAUAUUUAAGAAUAUUAAGAAUAAAUACACUAUCGUUCAAAAGUUUGGGCUUGGGAAGACUUUUCUGUUUUUGAAAGAAGUCUUUUAUGCUCACCAAGGCUGCAUUUAUUUGGUAAAAAAUGCAGCGAUAUUGUGAAAUAUUGUUCAAAUUUAAAACAACUGUUUUCUAUUGGAAUAUAUUUUAAAAUGUAAUUUGUGACCCUGGAUCACAAAACCAGUCUUAAGUCGCUGGGGUAUAUUUGUAGCAAUAGCCAAAAAUACAUUGUAUGGGUCAAAAUUAUCAAUUUUUCUUUUAUGCCAAAAAUCAUUAGGAUGUUAAGUAAAGAUCAUGUUCCAUGAAGAUAUUUAGAAAAUUUCUUACCGUAAAUGUAUCAAUUAAAUUUUUUAUUAGUAAUGUGCAUUGCUAAGAACUUCAUUUGGACAAUUUUAAAGGCGUUUUUCUCAAUAUUUAGUUGUAUCUCAAUACAAUAGUUGUAUCUCGGCCAAAUAUUGUCCGAUCCUAACAAACCAUGCAUCAACGGAAAGCUUAUUUAUUCAGCUUUCAGAUGAUGUAUAAAUCUCAAUUUCGAAAAAUUGACACUUAAGACUGGUUUUGUCGUCCAGGAUCACAUUUAUUUCUGUGUUGCUUUGCUGAAUUUUCAGCAUCAUUACUCCAGUCUUCAGUGUCACAAGAUCCUUCAAAAAUCAUUCUAAUAUGCUGAUUUGCUGCUCAAGAAACAAUUCUUAUGAUUAUCGGUGUUGAAAACAGAAAGUCUAAAAGAACAGCAUUUAUUUAUUAUAGAUUUUUACUGUUGCAUAAAAGUAUUUAUUUGCUUCCAAAAUUGUUUUUGAAUGGUAGUGUACACUUAAAAAGCAAUCAUCUAUCAUUUCUAUUAGAGCACCCAUAAAUCUGUUUCGGCCAAUAGAAUAGCUUUGAGGAGGGAGGAUAGGAUUCUGCAGCAGUGUCAGAUCUGAUAGAGUCUCAGGAGGACUUUUUUUUUUAACAAUCCAUUCAUUCUCUCUCACUUUCCAUCAUCCAAUCAAUUCCUAAUAUUAAAGUCCAACCCUGCGUUUUGUUCUGGAAUAUUCUGUUCCACUUGGUUGCACGUGCUGUUUCAUGUUGACUUUAACUCUUCUGGGCAUCUUUCAUCAUGAAUAUUUUAAAAGUCUGGAUUUCUCAAACACAUCUUGAUUGUAUUACAUCUAUUGCCAACAUGUGCAUUCAUACUUUGUUUUUGCAAAUACACAUUAAACCACAGGUUUUUGAACUGCAUAUGGUACAAACAAUGAGUAUUACCAUAUUGUGAAUCUUACUCAUUCAUGAAUUCAUGUUAUUUUGUUUUGUUUUUUACUUUGUUCUGCCCUUUUGAUUUUGAAAGAGUCAGCUGUGGUUGGUAGACUUGAUGUUUUUUCUUUGUUUGUUUUUAUUGCUUUUCUUUUUCUUUUUUUUUUAAGAAAGAAAAGAAAAAUUGAGCGCCGUGCUGGUACGGCCGCCAUGUCUAUUUAUAGACAUGUCCUCUACGUCUUAAGUUAUUUGUCUCCUUCCAGUGACUUGUCCUGGGAUUUCCUGCUUUCUUCCUUCUCUCCAUUUUGGGCUCCCCGCUUGGCAUUAUUCCUCCCUUCGUUUAUCCAUUUCAUCCAUCGGGCCUGUGUUUGAAAGAUAUGCUUUCUUUCUUUUUUGAUUUAUUCAAAAUGUUCUCUAUAAUUUUAGGAUCAAAUAUUUGCCUUGGGUCUGCAAAUAGAAAUGGUGCUUCUCCCUGUAUUAGUCAUUCUACUUGUGGAGAGAGUCAUUUUUUUGCAGUUUUAUGAUAAUGUAGAUGUGAAAGAGCAGUACUGUGGUUUAUGCGGCUCAUAGCGUCAUGAUUGUGUUCACAGUUUGCAAUGCAAAUGAGUCUCUGUAGCAGCUUCAUGGCGCGUCCUAACGCCAGAUCUUUUAUUUGUGUUUUCCUCUCUGCGUAAAAUGCCAAAAUCCUCGAGUCAUUGGGUUCUUCUUGCUUAAUCAGUGCUUUUGUAGUCCAUGCUGCUUUUAGCCUUAAAGAAAAGAGGAAACAUGGGAGUUUUCUGCUGUAUAUUUAAUUUUUGGAUCCUAUUAAACUGUUGGUACUCUGUUUUAAUUUCA